AUGUCGUCGUCAGAAGUCACUCGAAAGUCAACGAAAGGCCAGGAAGUGACUUCCAAGCAACCACAAUAUGCUCGUGAAGAAAAGGAGCAAAGUGCAAGCGCAAGUGCAAGCGCUGGGCUCAAUUUGAACCUCUUUGGCGCCAUCUCAGGAGCUUUCUCUGGCAAGUCGAAGAAGGAAAAGCAAGCCGACGGUAGCGAAGUCGAACACAGGCAGGAUAACUCGGCAAUCAAGGGUGUAGCCAUGGGCAACGGAAGUGCUGCUGGGGCUGCCAAUGCCGAGACACAUGGCAGAGAGAUGCGCGAGCGUAUCCUGGCUGGGGAUAAAUAG